AUGGCGCGCUGUCAGAAGUGCGGCGCCAUCGGCGUGCGGCACGCGUUCUACACGCGCGAGCGCAAGUACUGCAGUCUGAGCUGCGCGCGCUCGGUGGCGCACUCGUUCAGCUGGGACGGCCUGCUGCGCCAGGCAGACUUCAGUGCCGCGCCCGUGCCCUGUUUCCGGCACGCGCCGCUGGCGGCCGCCUGGGACUACGUGUGCGUCGGCCUCAAGGUGGAGGUGGUGAGCGAGCCGCCGGGCGGCGGCCUCGAGCCCGCCUGCUGGGUGGGCACCGUGCUGCGCGUGGAGGGCUACCGCGGCCUGGUGCGCUACGAAGGCCUGACGGCGGAGGAGAGCGCCGGCCGCUGGCUGGACCUGUGUUCGGACGACGUGCACCCGGUGGGCUGGUACGCCACGCAGGGCCGCCCGCUGAUCCCGCCGCCGGUCGUGGCCAGCCGGCACGCGGACUGGAGCCAGCUGCUGGUGAAGAGGCUCACCGGCGCCCGCACGCUGCCCACCAACUUCCAUCACCGGGUGCUGCGCAGCCUGGGCUCCAGCCUGCGCGAGGAGCAGGUGGUGGAGGUGGUGGACAAGAACUGCAUCGGCCAGGUGCGCGCCGCCGCCGUCAGCCAGGUGGUCGGCCGCCGGCUGCAUAUCCGCUACCUGGACGCGCCCAGCGACGACGGCGGCUUCUGGUGCCACGAGAACUCGCCGCUGGUGCACCCGGUGGGCUGGGCGCUGGCGGUCGGUCACCAGAUCGCGGCGCCGGCCGACUACCUGGAGCGCUGCCAGACGGGCAAGUACCUGGCCACCGACGUCACCGAGGACUGGCAGCCGCCGCUGCCGGCCGCCCCGCAGCAGGGCUUCACGGUGGGCAUGAAGCUGGAGGCGCUGGACCCGCUCAACCUGAGCAGCAUCGGCGUCGCCACCGUCAAGCAGGUUCUGGGCGGCGGCUACCUGAUGGUGCGGCUGGAGACGCUGCCGACCGAGCCGGGCCAGCCGGGCGGCGACUGGUUCUGCUACCACGUCAGCUCGCCAUACAUCUUCCCGCCGCGCUUCUGCCGGACGGUGGGCGUGCCGCUGACGCCGCCGCACGGCUACACGGCCGACACGUUCACCUGGGAGGCGUACCUGGCGGCCGAGCCGGGCGCUCAGCCGGCGCCGCCGCAUCUGUUCCAGCGGCCGCCGCUAUCGCACGGCUUUCAGCCGGGCCAGCGGCUGGAGGCGGUGGAUCUGAUGGACCCGCAGCUGGUGUGUGUGGCGACGGUGGCGGCCGUGGUCGGACGCCUGCUGCGCGUGCACUUUACCGGCUGGGAGGAGCAGUUCGACCAGUGGGUGGACGCCGCCAGUCCUGACAUCUUCCCGGUCGGCUGGUGCCGGCUGGUUGGCUACAAGCUGGAGCCGCCGCGCGCUGCUGACCCGGCCGCCUGGUCCGUGGCCGACGUCGGCCAGUUCCUGCGCGUCAACGAGUGCGCCGCCUACUGCGACAGCUUCCAGCAGGCGGGCGUCGACGGCGCCCGCCUGCUCGACCUCACCAAGCAUCAGGUGCUGGAGCUGGCGUGCUGGAAGGUCGGGCCCAGCCUCAAAAUCGAGAACCUCGUGCAAAAGCUGCGCGCGCGCGUGGCGCCGGCCCAGGCCCGCUUCAUGGCCAGCUUCAAGAAGGUGUGAUGGACCGUCCGCAGGGCGCGGUCGGGCGCGCGGCGGCCGCCGCCGAGCUGU